AUGUCACCAUACGACAAAAACGACGGCAUACCAUCCGUCGUUCCCCUAUACAUCGCACGCAGCUCUCUCCCCGGCAUCUCCCUUGCUCCCCACGUCCUCUUCCCUACUUCCCCCCAUCCCCUUCCCUGCUUCCCCCUAUCCCCUUCCCUGCUUCCCCCCAUCCCCUUCCUUGCUUCCCCCCAUCCCCUUCCCUGCUUCCCCCCAUCCACUCCCCUGCUUCCCCGCAUCCCUUGGCCUUCUUCCCUCCGUCACUUCCCCUACUUCCCCCCGUCCCCUCCGCUGCCUCCCCCCAUCCCCUUCCUUGCUUCCCCCCAUCUCCUUCCCUGCUUCCCCCCAUCCCCUUCCGUGCUUCCCCUCAUCCCCUUCCAUGCUUCCCCCCAUCCCCUUUUGUGCUUCCCCCCAUCCCCUUCCGUGCUUCCCCCCAUCCAUUUCCCUGCUUUCCCCCAUCUCCUUCCCUGCUUCCCCCCAUCUCCUUCCCUACUUCCCCCCAUCCCCUUCCGUGCUUCCCCCAUCCCCUUCCAUGCUUCCCCCCAUCCCCUUCCGUGCUUCCCCCCAUCCCCUUCCGUUCUUCCCCCCAUCCCAUUACAUGCUUCCCCCCAUCCAUUUCCCUGCUUCCCCCCAUCUCCUUCCCUGCUUCCCCCCAUCCCCUUCCCUGCUUCCCCCCAUCCCCUUCCAUGCUUCCCCCCAUCCCCUUCCAUGCUUCCCCCCUUCCCCUUCCAUGCUUCCCCCCAUCCCCUUCCAUGCUUCCCCCCAUCCCCUUCCAUGCUUCCCCCCAUCCCCUUCCAUGCUUCCCCACAUCCCCUGGCCUGCUUCCCCUAA